AUGUCCUUAACGUCAUAUAUCACAUGGAUAUUGUAUAAAAUAAUAAUUGUUCUUAUAGUUUGUUACAGAGGAAUAGAAAGCCAAUACAUAAAUCUGGAUCACCUACAAAGAGUAUACAAUUAUUCUGAUAUUAUAGCAAAGGAAGUGAUAGAAUUUGGUGUCACAUCUGCAACAAAUGAUAAAUCAAUUAAAUUUAGCAAAGCAUUGGAUAGAGGACCUUAUUUUGAUACAUCCGCAACAAGAAAUGUGACUUCACUUGUUGGAAAAACUGCCCACCUUAACUGCCGAAUAAAAAAUUUAGGAAACAAAACUGUAUCAUGGAUAAGACAUCGAGAUUUACAUCUACUCACUGUAGGCGAAAGUACUUAUACAUCUGAUCAACGGUUUUCGUCCAUGUAUAAUAAAUUAACUGAAGAUUGGUCAUUACAAAUAAAAUUUCCACAAAUUAGAGACUCUGGAGUUUAUGAGUGUCAAGUUUCAACAUCGCCCCCAGUUGGAUAUACAAUGGUUUUUUCCGUUGUCGAACCUGUAACAAGUAUUCCAGGUGGUCCCGAGUUAUACAUUGACACGGGCUCAACUGUCAAUCUUACCUGUGUAGUAAAACAUUUACCCGAUCCACCAACCACCGUUCAUUGGACCCAUAAUAAUGAAGAAAUAAAUUAUGAUUCUCCACGUGGUGGUGUGUCUGUUAUAACUGAAAAGGGUGAUAUAACAACAUCAUAUUUACUAAUUCAACGUGCUACAGUUUCCGACUCUGGAAGAUAUUCGUGUUUACCAUCUAACGCUAAUUCAAAAUCCGUUAAUGUACAUAUACUCAAUGGGGAACAUCCAGCAGCGGUUCAACGCGCGGGAUUUUUUAAUUUACAUAGUUGUAAUAUUUUUAUUGUAUAUAUAUGUUGUCUUUUAAAUUUAAUAUAA